UCAGUCAGUGUGUCAGUCAGGGGGAGUAGAAUCUAAGUGGUGAGGAGUGGAACCGAUUGACUGAUUGUGCACCAAUCACCAUGGUUGACACCCGUAGUGGGAAGAGUACUACCCCCUCCGAGGCCGAGCAGGCCCGAAUUGCCGCCCUUUUGAGAGAGAGAAAAGAGAAGAAGGAGCUCCUGAAACAGGCAAAGCUAAAGGCUAUCGCAGAGGAGCGGGCGGCGAAGAAGAAGAGAUUGGAAGAGGAGAUGUUGAGGUUUCAAAAGGAGAAGAUGAUGUUGUUAGAACAAGAGGAAGAAGAGAGGAGAAAGGCUGCGGAAGAGGAAGCAGCAACAGGGGAAGAGGAAGAAGAAGAAGAAGAGCCCCUUGAAAGAAGACGUGGAGGAGAGAGAGGGGAGGCAAGUGGCACAAAGGGAGAGGACGCGUGGAUGGAGAAGAAGAUAACUAAGUGGGUGGCUAACUUAUCGUUAGGGGAGGAUGAGGAGGCACAACUGUAUGUGCCGCAAGAGGAGAAGGAAGCAUUUGCCAGGGAAUUGGAGACGAUAGAAGACCCCUUGGAACGCCAAACAACAGAGGAUGAGAAAAAGCUGGAAUGGAAGUUGAGAAUGAUGAGGGAGAAGAAGAGGAGGAGAGAGGAGGCCAAUAGGGUGGCGAAAAAAGUUGAGAAGAUUCAAGCCUGUAGAGAGGAGGUGCAUGCACAAGCUGAGGUCCCCGCCAAAUUAGACAAGAUCCUGGGGUACCUAGAAGUCUUGAGCAAGGCCUGGGUAGAGGAACAUCAGGCCGUCAAGGGUCAAGAUGUGACCCUGCACGCCAUCCGAUCUGGGCUUAGGGAGUUUGCGCGUGAUGGGGUGACUCAUGUCGGGACGAGGUCAAAAAGAUGAAGGAAAGCGCACAGCAGUUCUGUGCUGGCGCCAUUGAGGGCGCCAAAGUAGUGGCUGCAGCAGAAGCUGAAGCACGUCCCCGCAAGGACCCAGUACAGCUUAAAUUUC